UUAUAUUCAUCAACUUUUUACAUUACAGCACCGAUUUAAGGCCCGGACCAAAUUUUUCCUGGAAAUCUGUUGCCGUUUUGGUUUACUGCCGAUUUGACUAGAAAACCUACCAACAUCAAGAUUGAUUGCUGUAAUUUAAAGACAUGUCGCAACAAAAAGUGGAAUUUAUCAAAGCUGGAUUAACUAGUACUGAUGAUAAUCUCCACACCCAUGGACACGGCCACACACACGCGCAUGGGCACACACAUGAACACAUGGAAACUCCUGGAAGAUUCCUUGAUCGGGACUUGCCAAUCAAACGAACGGAUUUAAAAGAGAGAGCAUUUACAGUCGGAAUAGGUGGUCCUGUUGGCUCAGGAAAAACUGCCUUGGUACUGGCACUUUGUAAUUAUUUACGUGACAAAUAUAGCAUUUGCGUUGUCACCAAUGAUAUAUUCACAAAAGAAGACUGGGAAUUUCUUGUACGGAAUAAAGCUCUACCAGAGGAGCGGUUGAGGGCAGUAGAAACUGGAGGCUGCCCACAUGCAGCUAUACGAGAAGACUAUUCUGUAAACAUGGAAGUAAUCAAGGACUUGACUAAGAGCUAUGAUCCAGAAAUUGUCAUUGUUGAGUCAGGAGGAGACAACCUAGCUGCAAACUUCAGCCGGGAACUCGCAGACUAUAUAAUUUAUGUCAUUGAUGUAGCUGGAGGGGACAAAGUUCCUAGAAAGGGUGGACCAGGCAUUACACAAAGUGACCUUUUGAUUAUCAAUAAGACAGACUUGGCAGAGGCUGUAGGAGCUGACUUAGAGGUGAUGAAGAGAGAUUCAGACUUAAUGCGCGAGAAUGGGCCAACGAUAUUUGCGCAAGCAAAAAACAUGGUUGCGGUCCCGGAAAUUGCUGAUCUAGUUGUUAAUGCCUUUCGCCAGGCCCAGAAGAGUUGCGAUGUCGCUGUUCAAGCCAAGUCAAUUUUUUAGGCUUUUAAUGCAUCCAAUAUAUUUUUCAGAAAUAUGCACCAAAUACAGUAAAUCAAUUACAAAAUUUA